GCUCUGAGUGCCAUCUCACUUUGCCUGUCUUUCCCUCUCACCUUGAUCUGUCUUGCGUCUACGGGUACAGCUGGGAGUUUGCAUUUGUGCCCUGGUCAUCCCUGUCUUCACUCCAGGUCAUGGAGACUGUCUUCCAACCCCGUGUGUCUUUCGACACUUUCGACCGAACAUCGGAUAGUAUCGAGGACAAUUCUUUUACUCUGAUAGCGAAGCACAAGGAUUAUGAAUAUACAAAACGAUCGAGGACGUUUCUCUGCGGCUGCGACGAUAACGAUUAUUCCGAUUACGCCUUGCAGUGGUUGAUAGACGAGCUGGUGGACGAUGGAGACGAGAUCGUGUGCUUGAGAGUGGUUGAGAAGCUGGACACGGGCUCGGGAGACCGGAAUGCGGACACUUCACGAUAUCGUUCCGAAGCGCAUGCUUUGAUGAAGCAGUUCCAGGCAAAGAACCACGAAAACAAGGCCAUCAACUUGAUUUUGGAGUUUGCGGUGGGCAAGGUCAACAAGGUGAUUGACGAGAUGAUCAAUCUGUACGAACCGGCGAUACUCGUCGUGGGAACAAGGGGCAGAAAUCUCGGUGGUUUCCAAGGUCUGCUCCCUGGAUCGGUCUCGAAGUAUUGUCUACAGAGCUCCCCAGUGCCGGUAAUCGUGGUACUCCCAUCAUCCAAACGUGACAAAUCGCGGGUCAAACGCGCGCAAGACCCGACCCGGCACGGCUAUAAGGACCUUCUCGAGAAGAGUGGUCCACAACUUGGUUACAGCCUCCCGGCAAGCAGUAGGAACAGCUUGGCGUUACCUGAAUCCGCUGCUACGAGUGUCGCGAUAGGACACAGCCAGCCCAUUGAGGCGAGUCCUCUUGCGCAAUCAGAGGCUGCGUCUGAAUCAGUUGGGUCAGUUAGUACCAGGUCGGAAGCAGAUCCAGAAGAACCGCGAAGCCCUGGCGUGGUUAUGAAGAGCCCCCAUUUACAGAACCUGGAAACCCCUGACCUAAGUGACGCUAGCAGCAGUGAAGGGGACGAGCAAGAGGAAAGAGGGAACAAUACCUCCGCUGUGGAGAGAAGGUUGGGUCCAAGCAGCGAAAACGCCGCCGACUCCGCUUCGGCUUUUACAGACAUCGCUGAAACGAAAAGUGAGACAGCGGAACCUGAAGGACCUCACGGGAGCUAGCCACGGCGGAUUGGCUAAUAAUAAUAUAUUAUCGGAGCUGCCAAAGCACUAAAACAUUGAGACGCUGGGACGACCAAUGGCUGGGGGAUAGGGGGGAUAAGAGGCGGCGACAUAUUUUACGACUGUUCCGCCUUGCGGACCAUUGAACUCUGCGAUUUGAGUAUCCUUAAAGCAAUGGAAGGCAAGUAUCCUUUGUCGUUAUUCAUGGAUUAGAGUAGGCGAAGAAGGUGUGAUUGCACGUAUCUAGUUGAUCUUCACCACUUGGCAUUUCUCA